GGCAUCUCGAAUCUACGGCACGGCAGGUCAGUCUCUCCUCCUGCGGCUGCCUCCGCCCACCCUCCCCUGCGUACUCGCUCGCCGCGGAACCUUCUGGAACCUUCUAGAUCCGGCCGAUCCGCAGCUCGAUCGGCGGAGAUGGGGCAGGCCUUCCGCAAGCUCUUCGACGCCUUCUUCGGUAACAAGGAGAUGCGGGUGGUUAUGCUUGGGCUGGAUGCGGCGGGGAAGACCACCAUACUCUAUAAGCUGCACAUCGGCGAAGUUCUCUCCACCGUCCCCACUAUCGGCUUCAACGUGGAGAAAGUCCAAUACAAGAAUGUGGUGUUCACCGUGUGGGAUGUUGGUGGCCAGGAAAAAUUGAGGCCCUUGUGGAGACACUACUUCAACAACACCGAUGCUCUGAUCUACGUAGUUGACUCCUUAGAUAGAGAGAGGAUUGGGAGAGCCAGAGCCGAGUUUCAGGCCAUUAUCAAUGACCCUUUUAUGCUUAAUAGUGUCCUAUUGGUAUUCGCUAACAAGCAAGACAUGAGGGGUGCAAUGACUCCGAUGGAAGUAUGUGAGGGCCUUGGCCUAUAUGACCUGACCAACCGUAUAUGGCAUAUCCAAGGAACCUGUGCUCUUAAAGGCGAUGGCCUCUACGAAGGAUUGGACUGGUUAGCCACAACUUUGGAUGAGAUGCGAGCUUCAGGGCGGAUAACUUCGACAUCAUCGUCAUGAAGUGUAACAGGAAGAGAUAGUUGAUCCUUGCACUAUGGGGAUUAACUUAAUGGGUUAUCUUGGUUUAUUUUUCGUUUGAUGUCCUCCUCUCCCGUUGUAGCUACUGGCCAUGAACUGGGCGAAGCUUUUUGGCAAAGCUUUGAUUCAGGCAAACCGUAGUAUUACAAAGGACAGUGGACAGCGAUACACUUGGGAGGAGUGGUUGGUUUAUUGUACUCGCAACCGAAAAUUCAUCCUCUCGUAGAAGCGGGAGUCAUUGUAAAUAUAUGCAGAUGCUACUGAUAUAAUUGUGGCUGCGUUUCAACCAGUUGUAUUAAUGGAAUUUUCAGAUU